AUGAGUCAGACAAUCACGGACGAAGACGCGAUUGCAGCUAUGGAGGCGUACAGGGUGGCCAAGGCAGAGCUGCGCGAGUAUCUCGAGAAGGAAAAUGGUCCUAAUGGCGGACGAUGUCCCUCAACCGUCCCCUAUAGGAGCGAAGGAGAUCUUUCUCAAGCCUACCCACAAUUUGAGGCACCCGAUUUGAGGCAAGGAGAUGCCAUCACUUCACAACCACUGGCAAGCAGAGAUGGCGAGGAGAUCGAGGCCAUAAAAGCCGACGAGCUUUGCAAGCGACUGCAAGGCAUCCCCCCUGAUAGCGACGACCGCAGCAUAUGCGCACCGAGACCCUCCGCGCGCGCAGGGUCAGAGACGCCCCUGCGCGCAAUCACUGACGAGGAUGUGAGGAAUUACCGUAAGGCGAGCGAGUACGGCGACUACCAUCUCCUUGUUUCCGACGGCGCACGGCCGGCUUACUCCAUCGAGAUGGUCGAAGCAGUACGACAAAACCCAGACGAACACUUUGAGUUGCUAUACAGGUGGAGCCAUAUUGAGCCAUAUGAUACCAGUCCCUACCAAUGGGAUGUGUUUCAGAGACAGUUGGUGCGUUGGGAGCAUUUUCGCGACUGGCAGUUGAGACAGCGCGGCAAGAUUGAUGAGCUCUCGCUUGAGAAGUUCAUCGAGAAAAGGAGGACCGACUCCAAGCUCCAGGCUGAUCAUAUGCCCGAAUACAGGAUGCGUCCGAUUACUCCGAGUCGGCCCAUUCGCAAACGAGUGUAUAAAGAGUGGCGGCUAGAUCAACGCUUACGACAGCGGGACCGGGGAUUUAUUCGCCAAGAGGCUCACAAGCCCGUCAACUUUGCACACAAUGUCGAGGCCAUUAGACGCAGGCUGUCCGAGAACGGAUCGACUUCGACAUUGACCCAAAGAAGCAAGGCCAGCUGGCGACAUACUGAGUACGUCGACUUCGAACUUCGUUGGCUCUCUGCGUAUGAGGCUGCAGUGGAAAGAGCCGCAUCAGAUGUCGAGAAAACAUGGCAGAAAUACCAUGAACAAGGCCAAUUUUCCAAAGAAGAGACGGUCCAAGUCUUGCAGUCCAAGACUUUCAAUGAUCAACUUCGGCGACAGACCGAUCAGAGAGCAGAGGACCAGGCAGCGGCCAGUGAGGCUCUGACGGGUCUCCGUCAACGGAUCGAAAGUCAUUCACUAGACAUGGCCGACGGCAAGCUCGAAAUGCUGCAGGCUGCCGAGGAGAGGUCUCGCAACGCAGACGAGCUUUAUAUGCGGGCUGUCAGAAAGAGCGCCGCUGUGUCUGAAAUCGUCAAUAAGGGGGGGCAUCAGAAGUAUAAAGAACUCGUGGCUAAACAAAAGGCACUCGCCCAAUGGUCUUGGGACCAAUUGCUGUUGAUUGAGGGCGAAAACAAGCUCACCGACGAGACAGGCUCAGUGGCAUCUGGGAAGCGAAAGGCGAGAGCUGUCAAACUGAGCCAAGGGUCCACAAGUUGUUUGAGCCCUGGAAGACAAGGAAGUCUACCUCCCACUGUAAGCGAUUCGGUUAGAAUUGGGGAGCACAAGGCACAUGGCCAUGUUUCAAUCCCUUCGACAGCCCGAAGGCGCAGGACAGGGAAUCCUGCAUUACAGGAGGCAGCAGUGGCGCAAAACGACACAGGUCUUUCAAUUGGGAUUAUGCGUCUUGGGGUACAUUCUGUUAUCCAUAAGCCGAAGCAACCAAAUGUUCCUGAGGGUCAGGAAGCAUCACCCCCCGACGCUAUAAAACCGCUGGUAGCUGGGAAGCGCAAGGCUGAGAGCGGUGAUUUGAGCGACUCGGUAGGUCAUUGGUCAAAGACGCAGAAGGUUACCGCUCAAAAUGCUUCUCGCAUCCUAGACCACACAAUGACCGCACACAGUUUGGCGACCUUGGAGCAGGACGCGUCGCGGCAAAUAGAUGUUCGCCAAGUGUCUCAACAUGACCACGUUCCGGGGGGAGUGGAUUCUCAGGAAGAAUCAACGACAGCGAAGACGAGUCACAGGCGAAAGCGGGCACGCACUACUGAGAAAAUGGAAGCGUCAAAGAAGCGUUUGCAAUCCCUGAGGGAAAAACCCCGUAUAAAUUAUUUACAGUACUUGUAA